GGAGGGGCGGGGGGAGCCGGCCGAGCGCACAAAACGCGGCGCCCCCCGCCCGCCCCGCAGCCGGGCUGGAGCAUGUUCUCCCUGCAGCAGCUCCCCGCGCUGCCGCCCGAGGAGCGGCGCUACCGGCAGGUCCUCUCCGCCGGCCCCGCGCGGGUCUUGGGAACGGAUGAAGAUAACAUGGGGGAUGGUUGCUCUCAGAAGCUGGCUUCGGCCAAGUUUCUUCGACUUUUGCUACUAAUAUUGAUUCCAUGCAUCUGUGCUCUUAUCCUUUUGUUGGUGAUCCUGCUUACUUUUGUAGGUGUGUUAGAAAAGACUUGCUUGUAUUCAAAUGGGAGUGAUAUCCUAGCCACGAAUGGUGACACCCCAACAUCUGACAUUCCUUUGCCAAGUAUGGUUGAAAAUAUUUCAGGCGUGGCCCCUACAGUGGAUCUCAACAUGCCUCAGUCCUACUGGACCACAAGUCCCUUAUCCCAUGUUGAUAAAAUGCACAAAAAUACCAGUUUAUUCAGAGAGGCUGUACAGGAAAUUUCACUGAGUCCUGUUACAGAAGCCCCAGGGUUCAAUUCUGGAUCUACAGAUGAUGAUAAUUUGACUGAAGCCCCUGAACACAACUCCUCUGCUGUUACAGUGGAGGAAAUUCUUUGGUCCGCAGACACCUCCACCCAGAUCACAGACAGGAUGUCUGUGCUACCAACAUUAAGUCCUACUCACUCAGCUGCAUCGCAGGAAAUGGAUCUGAAAAAAAGUGCCUGCAUAAAUAUCACUUACAGCCAGUGCCAAAUGCUGCCAUAUAAUCUCACCACUUUAACAUCAGUUCUUUCCAUCGUCAAAAGCAUUGAAAUGGAAAAGUUUCUCAAGUUCUUCAGUUAUCUCAAUCGCCUCAGCUGCUAUCAACACAUCAUGCUGUUCGGCUGUAGCCUUGCUCUUCCUGAGUGCAUCAGUGAUGGUGAUGACAGUCGAGGACUCCUGCCCUGCAGAUCAUUUUGUGAGGCAGCAAAAGAAGGUUGUGAACCAGUCUUGGGGAUGGUGAACGCUUCUUGGCCAGAAUUCCUCAAAUGCUCCCAGUUCCAAAACAAAACUGAAAAUGACAACACCACGAGGGUCUGCUUCUCACCGCAGCAAGAGAAAGGAAAGCAAUUGCUAUGUGGUGGUGAUGAGAGCUUCUUGUGUUCCAGUGGAAUCUGCAUCCCUGGGAAACUGCAGUGUAACGGUUACAAUGACUGUGAUGACUGGAGCGACGAGGCCCACUGCAACUGCAGUGAUGAUGUAUUCCACUGUAACACAGGAAAAUGUCUCAAUUACACCAUGGUCUGUGAUGGAUAUGACGACUGUGGAGACUUGAGUGAUGAACAAAACUGUGACUGUGAUCCAGUAACGCAACAUCGAUGUGGAGAGGGGAGAUGUAUAACAGUACAGUGGGUAUGUGAUGGGGACCAUGACUGUGUGGACAAGUCAGAUGAAGUCAACUGCUCAUGUCACAGCCAGGGUCUCGUGGAGUGCAGAAGUGGACAGUGCAUCCCCAGUGCUUUCCAGUGUGAUGGAGAUAAUGACUGUAAGGAUGGAAGCGAUGAAGAGAACUGUAGUGACAGUAAGGGUCAAACUUCUUGUCAGGAAGGAGACCAGAGAUGUACUUCCUGUCCUGAUUCUUGUGGCACCUCUUCCCUCUGUGAGAUGAGGAACAGCCAGACAAACUGUAGUCUAUGUGAGCCAAUUACCCUGGAACUCUGCAUGAACCUGCCAUACAACUACACUAGUUACCCAAACUACUUGGGCCAUAGGACUCAGAAGGAAGCAUCUAUCAGCUGGGAAUCUUCCCUUUUCCCAGCCUUGGUUCAGACCAACUGCUACAAGUAUCUUAUGUUUUUUGCCUGUACAAUAUUGGUACCAAAAUGUGACCCUCAAACGAAUCAGCGUAUCCCACCCUGCAGGGCACUGUGUGACCAUUCCAAGGAGCGCUGUGAGUCUGUGCUUGGGAUUGUAGGCUUGCAGUGGCCAGAAGACACAGACUGCACUCAGUUUCCAGAUGAAAACCAAGACAACCAAACCUGCCUAACACCUGAUGAAGAUGUUGAAGAAUGCUCACCGAGUCAUUUCAAAUGCCGCUCUGGGAGGUGUGUUUUGGCCUCCAGAAGAUGUGACGGUCAGGCUGACUGUGAGGAUGAUAGCGACGAGGACAGCUGUGGCUGUAAAGAGAGAGGUCUUUGGGAGUGUCCCGCCAAGAAGUUAUGCAUCAAAUACACCAUGAUCUGUGAUGGCUUUCCUGAUUGCCCUGACAAGAUGGAUGAAAAGAACUGCUCAUUUUGCAAGAAAGAUGAGCUUGAAUGUGCUAAUCAUGAGUGUUUGCCCCAUGACCUGUGGUGUGACGGGCAUCUAGACUGCAGUGACAACUCCGAUGAAUGGAACUGUGUCAGCCUGUCUAAAAAUAUGAGCUCCUUGACAUUCCUGACUAUUCACAGGUCAGCUACUGAUUACCACGUUUGUGCUGACGAGUGGCAAGAAAAUUUAAGCCAGCUGGCCUGCAAUCAAAUGGGUUUAGGGGGACUGCCUACAACAGAAAUUGUACAAGAACAUGAAGAGCUACAGCAUCAGAAAUGGCUAAAACUGCACUCAGACUGGAGGAAUAGAAAUGCCUCUACAUUACAUGCACUUCUAGUGAAAGGGCAGUCAUGUCAAACCAGAAGCAAAGUGUCUCUUCUUUGUACCAAAGAAGAUUGUGGCCGUCGUCCCGCAGCUCGUAUGUACAAGAGGAUCCUUGGUGGCAGGACCAGCCGCCCAGGACGGUGGCCAUGGCAGUGCUCUCUGCAGAGUGAGCCAAGUGGGCACAUAUGUGGCUGUGUUUUGAUUGCAAAGAAAUGGGUCUUGACAGUAGCCCAUUGCUUUGAGGGGAGAGAGAAUGCUGCAGUUUGGAAAGUGGUGUUUGGUAUAAGCAAUCUGGAUCAUCCAUCAGUCUUCAUGCAGACCCGACUAGUGAAGACUAUUAUCUUGCAUCCACGGUAUAACAGAGCAGUGGUUGACUAUGAUAUCAGCAUUGUAGAACUAAAUGAAGAUAUCAGUGAGACAAGUUAUGUGAGGCCAGUCUGCUUACCAAGCAGGGAACAGUUGAUUGCGCCAGAUACCUACUGCUACAUCACAGGCUGGGGACACAUGGGCAACAAAAUGCCUUUUAAACUGCAAGAAGGAGAAGUUCGCAUUAUUUCCCUAGAACAAUGCCAGUCAUACUUUGACAUGAAGACCAUCACCAGCAGGAUGUUAUGUGCAGGCUAUGAGUCUGGCACUGUGGACUCGUGCAUGGGAGACAGUGGAGGCCCUCUUGUUUGUGAGCAGCCUGCAGGACGCUGGACGUUGUUUGGUUUAACAUCUUGGGGCUCUGUCUGCUUUUCAAAAGUUUUGGGACCUGGAGUUUAUAGCAAUGUGUCACACUUUGUUGAAUGGAUUGAAAGACAAAUAUACAUCCACACCUUUCUACUAAACUAACUCCAGAUGUGUAGGGUUGUGCUGACUGGCAGAAGGCAAAGAUCUCCAGCUCUUGAACAUUCAAGAUUUAGCAAGCAAGAAACUCAGGAGAGUUCUGAGCUCUAGGCGUUAUUGACGUGGAGCUGUGGAAAAUUAAGUGUAAGUGAACUGGUAAACUUCUGCCACUGAAGAUACCUUCUGGGUAGGUCUGUUAUGUUUGUAAUCCUUUGACUUCUCCUUUAGCUGUGUUGUGCUACCAUUCUAAGCACAACAAAAAAAGGCUUAAAGGAAGAUUCAGCCAGUUUCUGCCUUUCAGACCUCGAAAUUAAGCUGUAGCACAGAUUAGCAAACCUAUAAAAAUAUCCACUUAGGAGCACAUACUGUUUCCACCCACAAUUCCUGCAAUGAAGAGUAAAGUCAAUACAUUCACAGCAAUGAUGCCGAAGAGCAAGGGAGACCUAGGAAUCAAACUGCCACUUUAGUUGCCUUAAUCUAAAAUGGAAUACCUGCCUACUUCUGGAGUUGUCCCAGUAAAGUAAGUUUCUGCCACUUGGCUUGCACAGAAUUGCAUAAGUCUUGAUAGCACUGAGCAGCUUGGAGCCUAUCUCAUGCCUAAACAUUAUCAGUGUCCCCCUACAUACUUUACCAGCAGGGGAUGAACUGGUGAUGAGUUGUCACUGCCACCCUUUUAUCCAAUUGCUUAGAUUACUCAACUGGGAUGUGGGAAACUCCAGUUCAAAUUUUCACUGCCUUCAAACCCCAUCUCCUCUGUCCCAGAAGAGUGCCCUAACCAACAGGUUGGGCUUUUUAAAUUUCUUUUUGUUAUUUCAAUUUGUUCUUUAAGUUGUUUCUCAAUAACUAAGCAUUCUUUGACUGAGACAGAGAAUGAUUUCAUAGCUCCGUCUCAGAGCACUUACACGAGGAGGAAAAUUUGGAUGCUAGCCUGCACCAGAUGUGUAACUAGCAAAAUUGGCACCCUGGAUGGAGACCAGAGAACACAGGGGUGGUGGUAAGAUGCUGAGCAAAGAAGUCUACUGGAGACUCAAAGAUCCAGCUGCUACUGCCAUGAAAUGUUCUUCCCACACACCAGCCAGCAGCAGCAGCUGCUGCUACCACACGUGCUCGCCACUUACUGGCAGCUGGGCUUCCCAGGGGCCACCGUUCUGGCACUUCUCUAUAAAUUGAUGCCUGGGACAGAUGUGCUGCACUCUCACCCUUAGUUAUGCUACUGUUUUAAUGCAUGUUUUGGUAUCAUAUGCAAAGCAGAAAAGGUGGAUUGGGCACGCUCCUUCAGUGUGGAGGAUCCUGGGCUCAAAACUAGCCAUGUAGAAGGGGUAUAUGAACUUGGGCUCUCCAUAUCUUAAGAGAGUAGUCUUCUUGCUAUCUUAAAUGAGUACUCUAUCCAUGGAACUAUUGUGCGGCCUAAGCAAUUAAUGGCAGAAGUGGACCAAUGGCUGAGAAUCCAAAAGUGGAGAUAGCUACUUCCAUCUUCCAGGGGUGAAUUUCCUAUAGGCUAGCUCACACAGAUCCCACUCAGAACACUGAAAAUUAAAGGUUGUAUCACUGAAACUUAAGUUCCACUUGUGAAUCUAGUCUGAGGUCUGCAAUAACACUUCUACUCUCUCUAGUUUGCCCCCAAGUAAGCAUAAUGAGACCUUUUCAAGAAGGUGUCUUUUGUAGGAUUCCCAUAUAUCUGGUUAGUUCCUCAAGACAGCUGAUAAAUGGAUGUUUCAGACACUGUCAUACUCAAAUUAAACAGCAUCAUUCAAAUUACUGCUAUAGUUACAUAUUUACCUCUAAAACUGAGCAUCUCCUUUUUUGAUACACUUCAAAUAACAAGUGAAAGACAAUGCUCUUUACCCAUGUCCACUGUAUUCAUAAAAUCUCUCAUAUAUAUAUAUAUAUAAAAAUUGUUAUCAAAUUACAGUUGUACUUUCAAGAACAGAACCUGAUGCCUCAAUGGUCAUUUUCCUUCUUAUAUCAUGGGUUUAUGAAACAGAAAAUUAUAUGUAUUUCUCUCCCCUAAACUGCAAAAAAGAGAAUUUACUCUUGUCUAAAUUUCUCCAGUUAAGGGCUGCACCUAAUCUGUGUGACAUGAGGUAGAUUACUGACAUACACAUCUUGAAUAUGGUGGUCUGGAAAUUACAGUUUCAGUAUCCUGCUCUGUCUUUAUCCCAUGGGACUAGAUUCCUGACUGAUGGGAACUGUUGUAGCUUAUUUAAGGACCCAUGUUGGUUUAAAACACCUGAAAAAUCAGACCAUGGGUUUGUAAAGGGCCAUUUGACCAGCAUACAGUAGUGCAGAGAGUAGAGCUGCAUGUCGUUUUAUGAAGUACAGAAUUUACAAGAUUUCUCUUUUUAUCUAAUUGAAAAGAAAAGAUGCUAUUGUAACAUGAGCAGCCUGUCCUGAUUUUUAAUUUCACCAAAUUAUGUUCUUAGAGUUAGCUUUGAAUAGUGAAAAGCACGGAAACACUUAGGACCAUUCUGCAUAUAUAUAAGAGCACUGCCAAGAGAUACUAUUUGAAAUAAUGUUAUUAUUUCCACACUAGUUAAUUGGGCCUUGCCCUGCUCCAAGUUUUCAAGCAGCUGCCCUAGUGAAAUAAAUGGUGAGCUGUGCUUAGGCUCUGAUGGCACCACUGAAUGCAACCAUCUUUGGCAGAAAAAGGAUGUAUUGAACCAUAUCCUAAAUGGCGUUAGAAAGAAGCAGUAUUUCCCCCCAACUAUUUCUGCGACAACAUUCCAUGUAAAGAGUAUAUUUGUAAUUUUAUAAAUGUAUUUUUAUACUGCUUUUUCUAUGUGUGCACAUGACAAUAUUAUAUGUAGACUCUAAAGUCAAAGUUAUUCCUCCUACCCAUGUAUUUGUCUCCCUUUGUAUUCCCAUACCUAUGACAGUGAGAAUUCUUCAUUUCUCUACAAGCUGUAAUCCCUUGUAAGGUGAUAAACAUAUUUCUUGUUUUACUCCUGUCAGCUGCAGCUCCACAUAGAAUUAAUGGUACGUGAGCCAGCUAGAUGUGUUUAUAUCUAGUCAUACUAAUAAAAAAAGGACAUUAAUUUUACAAA